UCCAGUAGGUAGCGUUCGAGUCCAAAUGAAAGUACCAAACAAGACACACUUGCAGCUGGGCGCCAAAUUGCCGUGGAGCGUUCCAACACUUCAAUCAAAGUGAACACCGACAGCAGCAGAUGGCGUCAAGAAGAACCUCACCUGGAGAUCAAGCUCAUCCGUUUGCACGGUCGCCGAGCGUGUAUGCGGCGACGGCCGAGGUAGAACGGAGCCUCCCUGUCGCCACCUUCAGGCGACGUCCUUCCUCGUCGUUCGGCCGCAACAGUCUAACGCAAAAAGAAAGUUGGGAACGUUCUGCCGAGGAGCGCCCUUCGGAGCCGCCUUUUCGGAUCGCUCUGGAAACGCUGCCCCCUGAGAUGCUGCUGAAGAUCCUGUCCCACCUGGACGCCGGCUCGCUGCUGAGCCUGGGCCGCGUCAACAAGUUCUUCCGCUCCCUCGCCAACGACGAAGUCACGUGGUGCAAGAUUCACGCGGCUGACUUGGGGCGCGAAGUGCGGGAGCCCGACUCGGAGCCCCCGCCCGGCGGCUGGAAGAAGCAUUACCUGUGGAAGAUGGGCGGGGAGGAGCUCCGCAAGUGGAAAACGGCGUCUCUGUCAGACCCCUUGACCGGGCUGCCGCAGAACGUUCGCCACAUUCUUAGAAACAUCAACGCGUCGUUCGAGGUGACGCUGCGCGAGAGCACGGGCCGAGAGGCGGCGCCGAAGCUGACGUGCGUGUCCGUCUUCAAGACGUCCGUCACGCUGACCUUUGACAGAAGUCAUCUGGUGCGCCGGUCGUACCUGGACUCCAUCCGGCUGAGUGCCGUCCGCAUCCGACCGGGCGGACAGGCGCCGUGGCGCUCGCUCAUCUGUCGGACGGACCCCGACCGCUUCUGUGCGCUUUCUCGCUUUCUGGGAAAAGACGGCCUGUUUGACGUCAUCUCCUACCCGCCGAGCUUCAUCGUCGGCUUCUGGAGGUGUCGCCGAACCGUAGCGUUCGUCAUGGUCUGCCUGCACUUGGACAAGCUGCUGGAGAGGAGUCUCCUGGGAACGCCGCUCAGCCCCUACUGGGAACCCGAGAGCCGUCUGCGCGCUCCGCCCGAGUCCCGCGCGUACACGCUGCACUUGGGCCUCCACGACACGGCGCGAGAGAUCGCGUCCAUGUACUACCACCCGCUCUCCUCCGCGCCAGGUCGCUCGAUCACGCUGCGCCCCAUCCGCGGAGACGACGUCUCGCAGCACCGCCCGCUGACCGGAGACCUCAAGCUUCUUUUCAAUGAACCGCGCAGGUGGCUGCACAGUUGCUUUCAGAAUUGCUGCGUGAUGACGCUGACGGUGCAGGCGGAAGGCUACAAGCCGCUGUGGUGCUUCGCCGCGCCCGUCUCCGCGCGACCGGUCGGGAGGCUUCCGAGAGGCCGCCACGUCCUGUUGUCGCACAGGGACCGUUGCGGCCAGGCCGCCUUAAGGCUGGUGUACGAGAAGGAGCUGCGCUGCUUUUUCGCCAUCGACUUGGCGGUCACCGUGUUCUGAAGGGUUCGCCGUCGGCGUUCUCGGACCGGCCGCGCCGUUAACGUUCUGUUGUCCUCAUUAAAAGGGGUUGCGUUCGUCUCAAUUUGAAAUGGACCGCGAUUGACGACAAACGAGUUUAUCGUUAGUAGAUGCCGAAUGAGCGCUCGUCCGUCCGUUCCCUCGCUCCUCGAUCGGAGGUCCGUCGCCGCUUAGGGCAACCAGAUACUGUUUGAAAAUGUUUCCCUAUUUGACAGCAUCCUUCAAAAUGAGCGUCGUCCAAAUACGAUGCGGCUACUUCUUUACGUUCUACCGCGAUACUCUGUCGUGAAGCCUAUCGGAUUGUACGCGAAAGCUCUGGAACAUUCUGGAAGAUCUUUUGAAUUUUUGCACAGGCGGAUUCUUUUGAUGAGAAACACCUUUUAUUUCAUCAUUUACACACAAGAGCGGUCCUCGAAAGUGACACGACGACAAAAAUGGCACCGACGACAACACGAGCGGAGCUCUCCGAAGUGCGUUUGAGCGCCGCCGCUCUCCGAAUCGGGGGCGGACAAAAAAAUGCCUUUGCUGGACGUCCCGUUCACGUGAAGCGGGAGGGUUUAAGUGGAUUGAACGUCUGCAUUUUUGCCCGCCCCCGAUGAACACCGCGAUUCAUUAAAAAGUCAUGACAAGUACAAACGGUAGUUGCACAAUAUUUACAGAGACCAAAAUACAGAAAAAAGCGAAAGAUGUGGGCUUGCGUGGGAGGCCACAAAAAAAGGCAAAGAAAGGUUGUUGUUUUUUGACCGCGUCCGUUUCGGCUUCCAAUUGGCCUUCAAGUUAGACGUCAAAGUUUGCCGCCUUCCUCUUUUGUGUUGCUUCUCCUGAGUGCGACAAAACAAAAAAAAAAGCCCGCUGAACAAUCGUUCGUUUUCUCCUCCGUCGUCAUAAGGCAGAAGUCCAAAGCUCUCUUGGCGUGUGCGGCGGCCUGCAAGACAAAUGACGUCAUGGGCAUUUUGACGUGACGUGUCAUUUCUCGGCACAUUUUUCUCUGGCGUUGGUUUUGACACCAUUUAAAAAGCGACACUUGUGUAUUUUCACUAAAAGUUUAGUUUUCUUGAAGAAAAAAUUCAAUAAAACAUG